AUGGCAGCAGCCGACGACUACGACGCCGCGGUCGCGCUGGCCGUGUUUCAUGCGGCCCGCGCCGGCGUCCGCGGCCUCGUCGAGUGCGGCAUCACCUCCGUGCCGCCGCUCUUCCUCGCACCCGAGCCCAGAACCAGCAGCCCCUCCCCACCGCCAGUCGAGAACGAGAUCCUCUUCACCAUCCCAAGCGUUGACCUCGCACUCCCGCCCUCGUCCAGCCUGCCGCUCAUCCGCGCCGCCGCGCGCUCGUGCGGCUUCUUCCAUGUCACCAACCACAGCGUCGACGCCGCCACCGUCGACUCGGCGGUGUCCGCCGUCCGGGCCUUCCACGAGCUGCCCCUCACCGUCCGUUCAGCGUUCUACACGCCCGCGUCCGUCGGGAGCGUCACCUACUCCACCAUCCCCAUCCAGCCUGGUAAAACCUCUGCCGGCCGUUUCCUUCCCUGGCGCGACACGCUCCAGGUCCGCUUCGGCCCUCCUCCAGCGCCUGACCUCGUCCAUCUGCCGCCGGCUUGCCGAGACGCGCUGCUCAAGUACCAGCUGCUCACGACGGAGCUCGGGAAGAAGAUGGCCGGGCUGCUGUCGGAGGCGCUCGGCGUCGGCGCGGAGCGGCUGGAGAGGGCGAUGCAGGUGGAAGGCUUGCUGAUGGCGUGCCACUACUACCCGCCGUGCCCGGAGCCGGCGCGGGUGGUGGGCAGUCUGGAGCACACGGACCCCAGCCUUUUCACCGUCCUGGCACAGGACGGGGUCGGAGGGCUUCAGGUGCGCCUCCACGACGGACGGUGA